AUGAAAAAUGUAACCGAUUCUUUCGUUUCUUUGGGCCACUGGCCGUCCGCCGGGAGUUUCGGGUUUAAUACCGAUAUUUUAGCAACAAAUCUAAUAAAUCUAAGUGUAGUGCUUGGGGUAUUGGUUUUUUUUGGAAAGGGAGUGUUAAGUGAUUUAUUAGAUAAUCGAAAACAGAGGAUCUUGAAUACUAUUCGAAAUUCAGAAGAACUGCGUGGGGGAGCCAUUGAACAGCUGGAAAAGGCCCGUACUCGCUUACGAAAAGUGGAAAUGGAGGCAGAUCAGUUUCGAGUCAAUGGAUACUCUGAGAUAGAGCGAGAAAGAUUGAAUUUUAUUAAUUCCACUUCUAAGACUUUGAAACAACUAGAAAAUUACAAAAACGAAACUAUUAAUUUUGAACAACAAAGAGCGAUUAAUCAAGUCCGACAACUGGUUUUCCAACAAGCCUUACAAGGGGCUCUAGGAACUCUGAGUAGUUGUUUGAACAACGAGUUACAUUUACGUACGAUACGUGCCAAUAUUGGCAUGUUGGGGGCAAUAACCGAUUAG